GUUUUUAUUGGUUUGCGGUGGGGGCGCGUCGCUCGCGUAGCCAUAGCCAUAGCUAGAGUGAGAGAGAGAGGGGCUAGAGUGAGGGAGAGGAUAGGAAAGAGAGGGGGCACCGUGCGUGAGUUUGGUGAGCGUGGCAGCGAGGGAGGAGCGGCAUCCAUACUUCCAUAGCCCAUCCUAGGUGUUGAGAGGGGAGGCAGCCGCUCUCAUUUCGUCUUCCUCUUUUGCGUCCUCGCGAGAUGUGCGCGCAUUGCUGCUCAAGCUGACUGCCGCCUCUUGCCCUGCUCGCCGCCGCCGCUGCUUCGAAACCCUAAAUCUCGCCUCCGUCGCCGCCGCCGUCCUCCCGCCGGGCUCGUGAUGCCGCUUCUUGAUCCGGGAAAGCCGCUUCUUUUGUCGCCAAACUGCAGGCACCAACGGUCCUAACUUGAAGCGCAGCACAUCACCACCCACCCAGAUGCGGUUGCUGCUUGCAAAGCUCCGCAAGUCAAUACUCUGCUAGGAGGGAGCAUUUCUGGAGGCGGUGGGAGUGCUGGAGAGGAUGGGUUCUUCAGGGUGCCCGGAGAUAGUCGAGCUGGUCGAUGAGACCAAAGACGCCCGUCCGGGCGGGGUCACCCACCUGAGGGUGAGGGUGAAGCCGGUGGGGCAGGAGCAUGGGGGGCGGUCGUGCUCGGUUGAGGAUGACCUUGACCGGCUCCUCAGAUCGUUCAAUGUGCGCACCUCGGCGCGGGCUUCUGGUCAGACGAGCACGGACAAGAGGCUUAUUGCGCUUGGGAAGGCGCCGAUGUCGAGCUCGGAGAUCGUGGAGUCUGUGAGCUUGAAGCAGGCCCUCAGGAAGAUGUGCAUCUCCCAGGCCUCGGAGAUGGCCGCCAUGAAGAGGAUGUCGAAGCCCGCCGCUGUGUCGAAUAUUCCUGAAUCUGGGGCGAUUAAGAAGCUUUAUGCCUCUGUUGUGGUUCCAACAGACGAGGACCAAGAUGGGAAGAGCAAGGUUGAGAAGGCCGUUGCUUUGCCUGACAAGGUUGUAGUAAGUUCAUCGGUUAAGUUGGUUGAAUCAGGUAAAAAGGCGCACGGCAAGGGUUCAGCUAACAAGCAUGUGCGAUCAGCUUCUCCAACCAAGGCCAAGGUCCAAAAAACCAGUAUCCAAGAUGUCAUCAGUAAUAAGUCACUGGAGGCAAGCGAAGAUCCCUCUGCUGGAAGAGCUCUGGCAAAACAGAGAAAGGGUAAAUCUCCAAAAGCAUCUAGCCCACGAGCUGUUCCAGUAGGAGGCUCACGCCUGGUGUUUCGCGGCAAAUCCUCCACUAAAAAGAAGGUUAAACCAGAACCAGCUGCAGCAGUGGCAUCCCAGAAGCAUUACGAAGCGAAAGGUUCCGGUUCUCACAGUAAGAAGCAACAGGAGGCCCUUCAGGAUGAACCCAAAACCCCAGCACCAACCAACAAGAAGGGCGCUGAUGGCUCUCUCGGUGCCGAAGGAGUUGAUUUUGGCAAAGGAUGCUAUGUCAGUGGGAUGCCUGGUUCACAGCCUGGUGAAUUGUCAAGGUCGAAGGAAAAGGGUGAAAGCUCCCAAAGCUCAAAGAGCAGCAUCGGUGACUAUAGCACAAGCACCAGCAUCAGUGAAGAUAGUUAUGGUAGCUUCAGUGCUAAUGGCAGCAGGCCUCACAUGUCAAAAGAUGUCAGAUGGGAAGCCAUGAAGCGCUUAGCGAUCCAACAAGGGAGCCUAGGAUUGAAGAACUUCAAGCUUCUCAAACAGCUUGGAUGUGGAGAUAUUGGCACCGUGUAUCUGGCUGAGUUGGUGGGUUCGGACUGCAUGUUUGCAUUGAAGGUUAUGGACAUUGAGUACCUAAUAAGCCGGAAGAAGAUGCUGAGGGCUCAAACCGAGAGGGAGAUACUGCAAAUGCUUGACCACCCGUUUCUUCCUACCCUGUAUUCUUAUUUCACGACAGAUAAUCUGUCUUGCCUAGUGAUGGAGUAUUGUCCAGGCGGUGACCUGCAUGUCCUAAGGCAGAAGCAACCUACUAGAUGCUUUUCAGAAGCCGCUGCUAGGUUUUAUGUCGCUGAAGUUCUCCUAGCAUUGGAGUAUCUGCAUAUGUUGGGGGUUAUAUAUCGUGAUCUGAAGCCUGAGAACAUACUUGUUCGUGAAGAUGGGCACAUCAUGCUCUCCGACUUUGAUCUGUCCCUGAGGUGUUCAGUUAAUCCCAUGCUUGUGAGGUGCUCAUCGGUAGGAAGAGAUGAACCUCCUAGGCCUUCCGGACCUUGUGCAGAAAGCUGCAUCGAUCCACUGUGUAUCCAGCCAUCCUGGGCCAACUCUUCUUGCUUCACACCUCGGCUGGUAUCUUCCACACCUUCCAGGACACGGAGAGCUGAGCCUGUGAAGAAACCAUCACUUCCGCAGCUUGUCGUCGAACCAACCGAUGCAAGGUCAAAUUCAUUUGUGGGGACCCAUGAAUACCUUGCCCCGGAGAUCAUCAGAGGAGAUGGCCAUGGCAGCUCGGUCGAUUGGUGGACUCUUGGCAUCUUUCUGUAUGAAUUGCUCUACGGCAAGACACCAUUCAGGGGACCUGGCAAUGAUGAAACACUUACAAAUGUGGUCUCACAGGGGCUGAAGUUCCCUGAUAGCCCAGCUGUCAGCUACCAGGCUCGCGAUCUGAUCAGAGGGUUGCUCGUGAAGGAGCCAGAGCUCCGGCUAGGCUCGAGGAAAGGAGCUGCCGAGAUCAAGCGGCAUCCCUUCUUCCAAGGCCUGAACUGGGCCUUGAUCCGUUGGACUGCACCGCCCGAGACCCCGAAGAGCGUCGACGCCUCAACCCUCACUGCAGCGGUGGCACGGAAGAAGAAGGAAGGCAAGUGCCUCGAGUUCCGGAUGAAUGGAGACGACAUUGAGUUUGAGCUCUUCUAGUGGUGGCGGUAGUAGCAGUAGAAGUUGUAGUGGUAGUACGUUGUGUUCUGAAGAAUAUCCAUACCGUGGUAGCUAGAAGUAGUAGUCCCACAGUUCCCCAGUCCCCACUCCCCUGCAGUUUUUCUGUUGAAGAUGAGUUAUCAGUUGUCACCUGCCAAUGUUGGGAUGUAGAGUAACUGAGUAAGGUCGGGUGUUGUGCCUGUAACUUUAUUCCUUGUUAAUACCAUCAGAUAUCAGAUGAGCCA